ACAAGGGAUACCUUCCACCAUGCUCAUGAAUAUUAUACCGACGUGGCCACUCUACUCCCUACGAACCGCCCAUGUGCUCUGAUAACGCAACAUCUUUGGCCUAUCUCUGCCAAGUCACAAUAAGCCCUUAAACGCGACCUUCCCUUUCAAGGCUCCUACAAGCUCAAACUACACGCGAGACGAACCUGCACCGGUAUACCAGCUCAGAACUGCAGUGAAACCGGUGGUUGGCUUCAUCUGCAGACGGGGGAACAGAGCAGCAACCAUGGGAGACGAUACGGAUCGUCGGUAGCUAUCUCGCGAGCCACUGACUGUACGCAUCUCGCCUCGGGCCUUUUUACCGUUGUCUUGUGCGAGAUAGGAAACGGGAGGAACAUCUUGGCUCUGACUGGUCUCUCCCUCUCUCUCUCCCAUCAGAAGCAAGAGGCACUAUGUUUAGUAGAUGGAACUUGGCUAUCUAAUAUAGGAAAAGGAGGGACACUGACAGGGAGAGACGAGAAGAAGUAUAAGUAAACAAUCCCAUUCCCUCCCUCCCUCUCUCUCACCAGGCAGCAACAACAGCAACAGCAACAGCAGCAGCAACAGCAGCAGCAGACAUCCCUCUAUCCAUCCUCUCAGCCACCACUCCACCCACCAAACAAACAAGAUGCAAUUCUCCUUCCUCAGCGCCGCUCUGCUCUUCGCAGUCGGCACCAUCUCCGCCCCAACCGCCCUCCCCGCUGACGGAAAUGUCAUUGUCACCCGUCAAUCUGCAACCACCUGUGGCAGCUACCAGUACACUGCAGCCCGCGUCCGCGCCGCCUUGAACCAGGGAGUCAUGUACUACAACAACGGCCAACAAGUCGGAGACAACGACUACCCUCACACGUUCAACAACCGCGAAGGCUUCAACUUCGCCGUCUCUGGCCCUUACCAAGAAUUCCCCAUCUUGCAAAACGGAAACGUCUACACCGGUGGUUCGCCCGGUGCCGAUCGUGUCGUCUUCAACACCAAUGGAGCCUAUGCCGGUGCCAUUACCCACACGGGUGCCAGUGGGAAUAACUUUGUUGGAUGCAGUGGUACUUCGUUGUAGAGUAUUGUGGAAUAGUACCUAGAAUUGAUGAUUGAUGAUUAUGGUGAAAUCAAAAAUAAAAAUAAAGAAUGGGGGAAGUUACUAUCUGUAUGUAGUACUACCUAAGGUACCUACUACCUACUAGGGAAAGAGUGUGGUGGAGAGUGGAGAUGGGAGUGGAGUGGCUGAGGUGGGGAUGGGGAUAGGGAGAUACCUAAGGUACCUCCUAGGGUGGAGCUGUGAGAUGGAAUGGAAUGGAAUGGAAUGGAAUGGAAUGAACAAGGAUGAGAUGAAAAUGCUCCAGGAUGUGUUUGUUGCUGUUGCUGUUGCUCGGUACCUAGAUAGCACAGAUCACAUAUGGCAUUAGCAUUGGC